AUGGCUACCGAAGGAAUCGUCGGGCAUAGCCCCUCUAUGACUCCAGAGACGGCCCAGCUGGUUAAGAACCAUUCGCAUGCAUUUCAGAACACGUUGAACACGACACAGACGGACAGUGCACCUGAGACCACCGAUGCAGCAAAACCUGCUGUAAACAACGAAUCCUCAGAGGCCCCCGUUGCUAAAGAGACAGUGCCACUUGAGCCUACGUCCUCUGGUGUCGACGUUGCCACUGCCGUUGCCAAUGAUACCGGAGAUACAGUAGGACCCAAGGACGAGGUACCAGUCAUCGAACCCAUUACUGGCGCCAAGCGUGAUCUUGAUACGUCUGAGGCUCCCGCUUCGACUUUGCCUGCUGAGAACAAGGAAAAGGCACCUGAGCCUUCCGAAGAGCGUGAUCCUAAGAAGCAGAAGACAGACGAGAAGCCUGUAUCAACUUCCAAUGGCAAUGCUGCCCCCGCUGGUUCAAAGAAUGGAAUCAAUGGACAAACGAAGGAAGGUCGAUCGACAAAGGAGAAGAUCAAGGAUGCUGUGAAGAACGUUAUUCCAGGAGAGGGGAUUGGAAGCCGGACUCGCAGCCGGACAAAGGGUGCUUAG